AUGUAUGAAACUGAACCCUUUCAAGAGAAUGAGGAUGUCCAGCAUACUGAGGUUUUGGUGCAUGAAUUGAGCAGCAGUGACUCUGGGGAUGAUGUCCCACCUACAAUGGACUCGGAUGAUUCUACUGAUGGUGAAGACACUAGUGAGGAGGAGGAGGAUGAUACAAUGGCAGUUUUUAGUAAUGCUUCCAGUGAAUCAGAGCACACAUCUGAUAGUAAUGGUGAAAUGGCUCCUGGUAAAAAAACCAAGAAUACCAAAGCAAGAGCUGUGAAUAAUGCUCCACCUCGACUGACAAGAUCCAGGGCUGCUGUAUCCGAGGCCACUGUUCAAGACAGGACUUCUGGAAGUAACAUUCCAGAUCUGCAAGAGACACGAGCAGAAGAAAACCAUUCAACAGAAGAUGAAGCUGCUUCCAAUGCUACAGAAGGUGCUGACAAGAGGAAGAGUCGCGGAAAGACCAAAGGAUAUGAGGUGAAGAAACGCUUAGAAGAGGGGACCAAAAUUGGCGGCAUAAUCAUUGAAGAAGGAGCAAAAGCACCUGUGGGUACCAACGAUAAGCUGUGGAAGAUGGAGAUAGGUGUUAUCGUCCGUGUGCUAGCUCCAAUUGGAAAAUUCUUCUGGAAGGAUCUCACUGAAGAAGAUAAGCUGCCACUCUUUGCCAAGCUGGAGAGUGAGUUUGAUGUAGACUUCACUGCACCACAUGUAAGAGAUAUGGUGGAUACUAUCAUGGCUCGUCGAUUCCGACAGUUCAAGUAUCGCUGCCAUCAACACUACAAGAAUGAGACGGACAAGGUGAAAGCUCGGGAGAAUCCAAUAGAGGAAGUGAACAUUGAUGACUGGAAGCUACUCUGCGACCAUUUUGAUAGUGUGCAAUUCAAGAAGCGAAGUGACAUAAAUGUAGACAAUAGAAGCCAAGUAUUGUAUCCUCAUACAACAGGUGCUAAGUCACUUAGUCAAAGGAUUUUUGAACUGAAUGAGAAGGAGAAGACGGCAAAUAGUGAGCAAACUAAUGAUGGAGUGGAGCCGAGUAACGGUGAGCAGCAGAAUGACUCAGCAGAGCAGCAGAACCCUACUGUGCCGCCUCCAGAGGUGGUUGUGUAUGCUGACACUCAUAAGAGGCGUGAUGGAAGCUGGGUUCAUCCAGAUGCUGAGAAAAAUUAUGCCAAUAUGACUGCCUUGAGCAGUCAGUCAGGUAAUAAUGUUCCAGGUUCUGAGAUUGUUGACAAGGUGCUGAAGAAAAAGCCAAGGGUAUCUAGAAAGGAAGCACGACGAUCGGCUAGAGAGAUUCAGCUGGAGAGAGAAUUGCAAGCCGAAAGGCUAGAAAGGCAGGCAGAAAGGGAGACUUUUGAAAGGCGGACCAAGCAAUUUGAGGAGCAAAUUGAAAUUCAGCAGUCGAAACUACAAACUCAAGACACAAAGUUUGAGGAGAUGGAAGCAUCGCAACACCGUCUUGAAGCUACUGUUCGUGACUUGGCUGCUAGAAUGGCUGGAAAUAACAACUGAAGGAGGUGAGAUGAUGCAUGUGAGGAGGGCAUGUGAGGAGGGCUGGACAGAGGUUGCUGAUUUAGGGAUUCAAGUAGUUGGCUUGAGUUGCUGCAUGAUUUUGGGGUACUAAACUAUUAGGAACGUUAAUAUUUAUCAGGUGUAAGUGUCGGA